CAUACACCCUUCCCCUGGCACUCAGCUCUUUCACUGUCACUAGCAUCGCGCGGACACGUACAGGGCAAUGGCACCGCCGCGUCCCUACCUGGCUGCCUUGCUCGCCCUAUGCGCGUGCACCGUGGCGCCGAUGGCUGCCGUCGCCGCCAAUGUGCCGAUCACGAUGUGCCGGUCCUUCUGCGGCAACAUCACGGUGGACUACCCUUUCGCGCUCCGGCCCGGGUGCGGCCACGCGGGGCUCCGCGACCUGCUCUACUGCAUCAACGGCGCGCUCAUGCUGCACCUCCCCUCGGGCUCGUACCGCGUCCUCGACGUCGACUACGCAUACGGCGGCCUGACCCUGCACGACCCGGCCAUGUCCGACUGCCGCGCGCUCGACCGUACCCCGGCGGGCCGGGGCAACGGCUUCGUCCUCGAGCCGUGGCGGGAGCCGUACCUGGCGCCCGACCCGGACAACGUGUUCCUCCUCCUCGGCUGCCGCGCCACCUCGCGGCUCUUCCAGGGCUUCCCCGACCGGCAUCUCCCCUGCCGGAACGUGUCCGGGAUGGGGUGCGGGGACUACUACGGCUGCCCCGCGUGGGACGAUUACUACGCCAGCGGCGGCCGGCGCCCGUCGGGCGCCGCGUACGGCUCGGCCGUGGGGGAGCCACCCGAGUGCUGCGCGGUGCCCUGGGGCGCCAUCCGGGCGGUGAACGUGAGCCGGCUCGAGUGCGAGGGGUACAGCAGCGCGUACAGCCUCGCGCCCGUGCGCGAGGUGGGGGGAGCCGGCGGGUGGGCGUACGGGAUCCGGGUGUCGUGGGCGCUGCCCGAGGCGAACCGCGGGUUCUGCGGCGCGUGCCGCGCCACGGGCGGGGCGUGCGGCCACGACAUGGAGAGCCACGGCGACCUGUGCCUCUGCGGGGACUGGAACUCCACCUCCAACUGCGACUCCUCGACCGAAGCUGCGCGGUCCGGCGCCGUCGCCCCUUCCCCUCGCGCCGUCGCUGCGCUUCGCUGGGCCGUCCUCGCCUCAGGAUUUGCGUCACUGUGGUGGUACGCAUCGGUAUCACGCCUGUGAUGGUGGCUCCUCAUGUUUGAUCGACGACUGGUGUACUGUUUUUGCUGGUAUAGCCCAAUAGUUUGUGUGCCCCAUUUUUAUUCGAAGUUUCCUAUUUUCGUUCGGCAAGAUAAAUAAACACGUUGCAAAUGCAGUUCCUG